CAUGAGUCUUUUAAGAGAAAACUUGACAUAUUCCUAAAGUCUAAGGACAGUUUCACUGUGAUAUACUAACACUUUUCAUUCUCCCUCUUUUAUGGUUAAUAUACCUAGGUUCCAGUCUGGAGGCAUUUGUGAUACACUACUACCGAAUAUGGAAGCCCUUUAAGCAAAAGCUUCUUCUGUUCCUUCCAGAACCAUUUGACCAAUUUGUUUCAGGGUUUCGACGCGGUAAAUUAAAUGUGGCGGAUCAAGUGUUUCGACUGAAGUAUGAUGUGAAAUCAAGCCAGUGUCAUGUUGGGAUUUUGUUCUGCAGUGAAUGCAACAACAUGUUGUAUCCUAAAGAGGAUAAGCGUACAAAAACAUUAUACUACGCAUGUCGUAACUGUGAUUAUUCCCAGGAAGCAGACAAUCCCUGUGUUUAUAUCAACAAACUGGAACAGGAAGUUGAUGAAUUGGCUUUAAUUGUACCGGAUGUUGUUCAUGAUCCAACACUGCCUCGAACAGAAGAUCAUAUAUGUCGUCGAUGCGGUAAACAAGAAGCUGUAUUUUUUCAAUCACAGACAUUGAAAGCGGAAGAAAAUAUGCGUUUAUAUUAUGUUUGUACCAAUGUUGACUGUUUACAUAAAUGGACUGAAUAGAUAUUGUACAUAUAUAUGCUAUGAAAGGAAGUCCUGAAUAAGAACUAAACUUGUAAGAUAA